AUGCGAGAAUACCGAGUUAACUCAGUGGUUGUCAUGACAGGGAACAUAUUGCAAGGGAUCCUCACCUCCAUGGAUCUGGUCUUGCGAGUAGUGGCACAAAGUCUGUCCCCCGAGGUAACCCUCGUAGAAAAGGUUAUGACUGCAAGUCAUGGUUGUGCCACACUGGACACAUCAAUCCUCGAGGCUCUACAGUCAAUGCAAGAUGGCAAAUUUCGUUAUAUUCCUGUUGCAAACAAAAGAGGACAGAUUGUCGCCUGUUUGGAUGCUCUACAGUUAGCCCACGCAAGCAUCUCCAUGGUUGAGGGAGCCUCCGGACGAAAUGAUAUGGCAAAUGCUAUGGUUCAGAAGUUUUGGGAUUCAGCUCUUGCCUUGCAUCCAGCAGAGGAAUAUGACGAGCAUAGUGAAGAGUCUCGUACGGCAGCGUCAGACAGUGUUGAAGGGAAGCAAACACCCCCUCAUGUCGGCAACGCGUUCUCUUUCAAAAUUGAAGACAGAAAAGGACGGAUGCACAGAUUCAGUUGCGUUUCAGAGAGUUUGGAUGAGCUUGUGUCUGCUGUUGCAUACAGAUUGGGAACGGAAAACGAGAAGGCGAAUGUAAAUCUUCUGUAUGAUGAUGAUGAAGGUGACAGAGUUCUUCUUGCCACUGAUGGUGACCUCGUUGCGGCAAUUGAGCAUGCAAGAUCAGCCGGAUGGAAGAUUCUGAGGCUGCACAUGGAGGACGGUUCCGAGACCGAGACCGGGGCGGUGUCCAUUUCCUCGUUGCCUGUAGAUGCCUCGGUGCCGUGGAGAGGCUGGCCAUCGUCCGUCGGGCUGGGGAUUGUUGCCGGCGCGGCUGCGGUCGCCGGCGUCGUGGUAACUGCCUACUUGAGACGCUCCGAGCUCUGA